AUAGGGGUGUGUGUUUGUGGGUGUGUGUGUGUGCAUGUGUGUGUCCUGGAGUCCCCAGCAGUCAGCUUGUCUCUACUGUUUUCCAUUGUCUGUGGCCAGAGGUGGAGAGAGGCACAGCAUCUGAAAUAUGAACCUAUUCUGCUUCUCUCUGGAGGGCUCGACGGACAGCCUGUACGAGCCUGCUCUCAACAAACACCCAGUCAUCCAAGAACACAGUUGUAGAGUUCCCAGUCGACACAACAGCCGACACAGCAGCCCUGCUCUGAGGGACAGGGCUAAGUGGAGAGGCUCAGAUCCAUGUAUACCCACAGAGCCGUCCGAGGCUCACAAAUCCCAUUUGAAAAAGAAGAAGAGAAGAUCACAUGUACCAACAACGUCAACAUCGGACAAUGAAACCAUAGAUAACACAGACACUAAUGUCUACUGGCAGUCACUCAGAGAGAAGCAAGAUUUUGUUCACAUCAAGAAUAAUGACAAAGAAGAGAUGGGUCAAGGUCCUUGUCAGAGAAGCGUGCUGGCGGUAGAGGACAGAGUGGAGCAGCUGAACUCUGAAAGAAGAGAAAAAGAGCCCGCAACUCAGGGGGUGAACUUUGAGGCCUGGAACCCAAACUAUGAGCCCCCUGACAGCCAUCAGCAGAACAUGACUGGGGAUGCGGAGGCUGACAUGGCUGAAUCUAAGGGAAAGCUGAAGAGGUUCCAGAGGCUAGUGAAAGUGAAGAAGGGAAGCCAGAUGGGACUAGAUGAUGGAAAGACUGACAGCAAUUGUCACUUGGCAGACUCUGUGUUCAGUAACGACAGUCCCGUCAUCACCUGCAUCGGGCUGGGGAAGAAGACAGAGAAGAAGUCCUCGAAGGCUGACCCACCAUCGCCAGAGAAGCAGCAGACUAAGGAGACCAAUGGGAAAGCUGUGGAAGGACCUUGGAGCACUGGGGUUCACGACCACCAUUGGGGCCUCACAGAAUUCCCUCCACCCUGGGAUGUCCCCUACCACACCUGUCACCGGCCCCCAGACGAGCCCCGGAACUAUGGCUUUGACUUCACCCUGCCCCGAGCAACAGCUUGGGACCACUUUGAGAGUCUGGUCCAGGAACUGGACAGCAAACAGACGCCGCCAGUGUUCUCACACCAACGGGUCAUCCGCUCGAUCACAGAUCUGGACAUCUCAGAAUCCACGCGCUCCACCAGCUUUGGCCGAUUUGACUCACUCAGACACCAACCAGCCCCAGUGAAGCCAGAGGAAAAUGGAGGUGCUUUGUCUGCAGAGGGAGAGCAGGUUAAUAGUGACCAGACCAGAUCAGGAGGUAUAGGCAAGAAGAUGAAGGCCAUCUCACUGACGAUGAGGAAGAGGAUGGGCAGGCAGUACGCUAAAGCCCUGUCAGAGGAAAUGUGCGACGAGACGGAGAGAGAUGAAGAAGGAGAAGGGGAUGUUGUUUACGGCGUCCAUUCAUUUCCAAAAGGACACAGAAAGUCCAGUCACUCUCUGGAAAGCCUCUACAGUCUCAAUAGUGGACAAAGCUCCUCCAGUGGGGUUACCAGUGGAUCAGACGGCUCCAGUAACAGAGACAGUCUGAGGCUGGAUGAGGAGCUGCCCCUUCCCUACACAGGCCAGUUCUGUGGCAGAGCCCGGGUCCACACUGACUUUGUCCCCAGUCCCUAUGAUACUGAAUCACUCAAACUUAAGGUAGGGGAUGUGAUUGAGAUCAUCAGCAAGCCUCCUAUGGGGAUAUGGACAGGCAUGCUGAACAACAAGGUGGGAAACUUUAAGUUCAUCUACGUAGACCUCAUAGUAGAGAAGGUUCCUGAACCGCCUCAGAAGAUGACACACGGGAAGAGCAGGAGACCCCGGCCCAAAACGCUACAGGAACUCCUAGAGCGCCUCAAUUUGGAGGAGUAUGCCUCCUCCCUGCUCCUUAAUGGGUACCAGACAGUAGAUGACCUGAGAGAGCUGAAGGAGCAGCAUCUGGUGGAACUCAAUGUGACUGAUUCUGAACACAGACAUCGUCUGAUGGCUGCCGUCGAGUGCCUCCAAGAACCCCAAAGUGAUGGUCAGAAGGAGGGAGAGUUAAACAAGGAAGCCAAGUCCCCAACUGAGAGUAUUAAAGCUGACCUGAACUGCCCCAGAGACUCUGGCUGCUACAUGCCUUCUGACUGCUCAGACAACAGCAAGGAGGAGACAGACAUCCACAUGCCAGCAGCACUGAACCAUCAUCCUCCCAUGGCUCAGACCUAACCGCCACCAGCAGAUACACACUCCUCAGGGCCUUUCAGAAAAAUGAUCGAUGUGGAUCCAUGCAACAAUUUUCUCAUGCGAAAGAGCCUUUACGUAGGACAAGAGCACUCCUCUUUGCUUUCACACUGCAUUCAGUAUCAGUAGCCUAUGUGGCUGGCAUUGCAGUUAUGCAUAAACCCACUAUUUGCACAUCAUUUCAACCCCCAAACAUCUGUGAUGACGGUGAAUCAACCUUUAACAUAAAUCCAAUGACAAUGUUGAUUUCACGUUAAAUUCACAUUAGUUGACAACUCAACCAAAUGUAAAUCAAAACUAGAUGUUGAACUGAUGUCUGUGCCCAGUGGCUAUCUACUGUACACCAAAGGCAGAACAGGCAUUUCCUGAGUUGGCUUGGGUGCUGGUUUGUAAUUGUUGAUGAUGAUGUAUCCCAAGCCUUUACAGUUAUUCCUCAAGUCUCGUGAGUCAUCCUGUCAUAGGACCUGUGAAAUCAUUGCAGUAGGCUCGGCUUUGUUUUUAGCACAAUGUGCAAUGUCAACAUUACUGUGUGUGGGUGUACAGUACAUUUUCAGAGGUGCAUGUGGAAGAGGGAGAUAUUAAAUGAGGGUUUAAAGCAUUUUUCUACUGUAUCUCAGAUUUAUGGUAUUAUUGAACAUUUUGUUAAAGUGAUUUGAGAGUUAGCAGCUUACUGACAGUUUUUUGAAAGCUCUCCUUUAUUCUAGCAAUUGUUUUACCAAUGUACCAAUGAAAUGACUAUGAAACGCAAUAUUUUUCCAAAAAUAAAGUAUUAUAAUUUUC